AUGGCUUUUCAGAAUAUUUCUGUUUUUAUCUCUCUUAUGCACGCCACGAUUUAUGGUUUAAACAAUCUUUUGAUAGUUUACACUUCUAUAAGAUUGUGCAAGAUUUAUUUUUAUUUUUAUUUCAUUUUCUUUUACAUGGCGGGUUUAAUUGUAGCGGUUAUUGGUGGGUCUCAGGUGGGAAAGAGCGCAUUACUAAAUAAUUUAUGCAUAAACUAUAAAAAAGAUAUGACAAAAGUAAAAGAGGGAUUCAUUCUGUACAAGAAAGAGACUUUAUCAGAUAUAUUUGAGCUUGUAGAAUUAACAUUGCAUCCAGAGAAUUUUGCUUUUAUGUGUGAUAGUUCAUUAUUUGAUAUAUUGUGUGUGGUAAUAGACAUUCGCACAGGACUAUCUGACUACAUUAGAAAUAUUCUAAAAAAAUAUAAAAAGUCGUUAGUAAUUAUUGUGAUAAAUAAAAUAGAUAAAAUAUUUGGCGGGCAGAAGAUAGAAUCUAUUCUUACAAAAACGUAUGAUAUUAUUAAUGCAGUGAAUAAAUAUCUUGCAUUAUGCGGUGAUACACGGGGUAUAUUCUGUGUGGCCAGUUCACUGUAUAAAAUAUGCCUAUUCAGUGGUUAUGAAGAAGAAUGGAAGGGUAAUGAGGACAUAUUUAGAAUUUAUAUGAAAAAACUGCAAGAAGCAGUAGAUAUAGUAGAUAUGACCCGAAAAGAUAAGAUUAAUGUAAUUCACGAGAAUAACUAUCACUGGUUUCUAUCUAAAGAAAAAAAGAAUAUACUAGAUAAUUCGUCUGUAAUUAGUGACAUAUGUAUUCAUGCUAAUGGUGUGCCUUCUAUACAGAAUGUGCUUAUUUCUACAAUGACAAAUAUAUUAGGCAAGUUAAAAAUACAGUACUAUGGAUACCACACUGUAUUAAAAAUACAUAAAUCUAAUGGUAGAGACAGAAUUUAUGUAAUAAUAAGGAUAUCCGAGGAUGAAACCAAUAAAUUUAUGUAUAGCAAUCAUCUGUAUACUGCAAUAAGCAUAAAAAUAGAUUCACUAUACGAAAUGGGUAAGCUGGGAUUGGCAGAAAUUGUUAUAGACCCACAGACAUACGAUCAGAUUAUACAGCUAUACAUAGAAAACAUUACGUGUAAUAAACCUAUGAUAGGCUCUGCUAUAACCAAUGUUACCGAGGCCACCAUGGAGAAAAUAAUCACAAAUGAAAUUAUGUUCUGUCCUGGCGUGAAUAUAUCCUGGGAAAAAACAAAUUCAUGCACAGAAAAUAGUUAUAUUUGUAAGGUAUUUAGUAAUGGGCCUGACACUCUCGAAAGGAUAUUAGAAGAAUUGGCGUAUAUUGGAAAUAUUAACAAUUUAAAGGAUAUUAUGCCCAAUCCCAUAAUUUAUUAUAUAAGAAGAACGCCAAGGAGCAAAAACUCCAUUAAAAUUUGUAUAGAAAAUAGAUAUGUUUUACUAGAGGUUUGUUCUAAUCUCAAGAAUAAUGUAUCAGAAAUAGAAAAAACAAAAACUCCCCCAGUAGAAUUAGAUACAUUAACCACUGAAAAAUACACACGCAUCGCAAUAGAUAAAAAAGAGGAAAUUUUCUUAGAUGUGCCAGAUGCAAUCGCAUUAGAAGAGAAAGAAAUAAUUGAUAAGCUAGCGAUCACUCUAAAAGAACUCUGGAUGGACAUGGAUUUACAUAAAAAGCUUGCUUACACAACACUUCAAAUAGUAGAGAUUAUGCAAAAUAAUUUAAACUGUGAUAUACCGACAGAGAGUAGUAAAGACCUAGUUAGGGUAAGAUUGGAGAGGUGUAAAUUUCGGGUUAUAGAGCAUCAUCUUCGAGUAGAAUUUGUUUUAAGCCUUCCUAUGCUUACUGUAUACAAAUCAACAGAUAAAUUCAUUAAUAGUCUGAUUUUAAAGCCUGGGAUUUUUCCUGUUAUAAGAAGCAUAGUAAAGAAGUGCUUUGGUAAGCUCAUCUCAUUUGAGUUAUGCUCUAAAUUUAUGCAGUGUAGUGCAGAAUGCCUUAUUCCUAUUUCUGAGUAUACAGAGUGUAUUUCUAUGCUACGCACAUUUUUUAGUGAGUGCUGGCCAUAUUUGCUGGAGCAUUGUAUUCUACCCAUAAGAAAUAAAGGCGAGUGCGACACUGUGGACAUAAAUAUGUUUUAUAAAGAAAAACUGCCAAUACUUUGA